UCUUGUCUGAUUGGUUAGAUCGACGUGUUUCUCAAUGUAUUCUCCGCGAGUUUUUCAACACUACCAUACUCGCGCGAGUACGUCUUCACUUCGCAUGAUCUUCCUCUCCUCUCUAUAAAAAAUCUCCGGCUUCUGAUUUGUCUUCACUAUAUUGUAUCGCUUUCGAACAGCAAUUUCUUCUCGUUUUCGAAAACGUUUUUUCUUUGAUUUUUUAAAGGAUUUUCAAUCGGAAAAUGGCGUUGGUUUCUUUCAUCGGGAGAGUACUUUUCGCUUCAGUGUUCAUCCUCUCUGCUUGGCAAGAAUUCAAUGAAUUCGGCGUUGAUGGAGGGAAAGCGGCGAAGGAGCUAAGACCAAAACUCGACGUCUUCUCAAAGACUGUGUCAUCUCACGCAGGGUUUCAAGUGCCGGAAUUCGAUAUAAAGUAUGCAGUUGCUGCUGCUAUAGCAUUUAAAGGUGUUGGUGGUAUACUGUUUACCUUUGGCAGCACUAUCGGAGCUUAUCUCCUGGUUUUGCACCAGGUGAUUCUCACUCCCGUAUUGUAUGACUUCUACAACUACGACACGGAAAAGGAGGAAUUUGGUCUACUUUUCGCAAAGUUCUCGCAGAACUUGGCGCUGUUAGGGGCAUUGUUGUUCUUCAUUGACAUGAAGAACUCAAUCCCCAGGAGACAACUCAAGAAAAAGACCCCAAAAACAAAAACGGUUUGAACAAAGGAAUCUGUUUCCUGAAUGCUUUGUUGUUAUUUGAAGUUCUGUUUUCCUUUUCUGGGUUUUGCCAUUUUCAUGUAACUUUAAACGAUGGAUUGGUGAUGUCAUGGUGAUUCUAGAUUACAAGGAAAUACAUUUAAGGUGCGUUUUACUGACGGGAA